UGAAAUUUGAGCAUGCGCGCGGAAAAUACAACUACCGGACGAGUUUCAUUUUAACUGGAGAAAGCGAUGGACCAGCUUGUAAAAGAAUGGACUACAUUAUAUGUUUGACAAGUCUAUGGGCUUUGGUUCUAUACCUCAACACGCUCACAGCUGAUUUUGCGUACGAUGACAGUCGUGCCAUACUAAAGAACCAAGACUUGUUGCCAGACACACCAAUCAUCAACAUCAUAUAUGAUGACUUUUGGGGCACACCUUUAACCCAUAGUGGUUCCCAUAAAUCGUACAGACCAGUAUGUGUUCUAUCAUUUCGUCUCAAUUAUCUCCUGGGAGAACUGGAGCCUUUUGGAUAUCACCUUGGGAACAUCAUUCUUCAUGCAGUAGUGACAGCAUUGUUUACACAUUUUGCUCGGAUAGUUUUACAAGAGUCGUUUCCAACCCUCAUUGCUGGUCUACUUUUUGCUGCACACCCAGUGCACACUGAAGCAGUUGCAGGAAUUGUGGGAAGGGCAGAUGUCGGUGCUUGUCUUUUCUUUUUACUUGCACUCCUAAGCUAUAUGAAAUAUGUCCGUUAUAGAGAUGAAAAUUAUAGCAGUGAUGGUGGAGGUCAGGGGGAUGAUAAAAGGAAGAUUUUAUUUUUUACUCUGACAGCAAUCUGUACUACAUUGAGUAUGUUGACUAAAGAACAAGGUGUGACAGUUAUAGCUGUGUGUGCUGCUUAUGAUCUCUUUGUACAACAUAAAGUCAAGGUCACAGAUUUGUUAAAUAUGAAAUGGGAUCUCUACAAAAAGGAAAUGGAAGGAUUAGUUCUACUGUUUAUACUAGGAGCCUCGCUUGUAGCGUUCCGAUUCAUGUUCAUGGGAAACAAGGCGCCAGAAUUUGCUCCGUCAGACAAUCCAGCUGCUGAUUCCCAUAAUUCUCUAGCAAAGUUUCUCACAUUUACUCUACUUCCUGUGUAUAACUUCUGGAUUUUGUUAUGUCCAAGAGUUCUCAGUUUUGAUUGGUCAAUGGAAGCCAUUCCUUUAGUUGAAAAAAUUUUAGAUGCUCGCAAUUCUUUAACAGUCUUAUUUUAUACAAUUUUAGGAUAUUUUUCAAUUUGUUUAUUAAAACAUAUACAUAGGCCAAGGUUAAAGAAAUAUACACCCCAUCUAAAUGGGAAUGGUAUAGUGCAUCAUUACAGUCAUUCUACAAAACAUGUGAUUCCAAAACUUUAUAAAACGAGAAGGAGUUCAAAUAGUUCUACAGACAGUGAAGAAGAAACAAUAGCCAUGAUGAAAUAUAGUUUACAAGAUAUUUCCAUCAUUUCAUUAUCAAUUCUCAUUUUUCCAUUCAUUCCAGCUACAAAUAUAUUUUUCUACGUUGGAUUUGUGAUUGCCGAGCGAGUGCUUUAUAUACCUAGUAUGGGAUUUUGUUUAUUUGUUGCUUAUGGUGCUUAUUUAUUAUACAGAAAAUAUUUUAAUGAUGUGUGGAAGAAACAAUGUGUUAUAGUAUGUGUGGCUCUUACGAUUUUAUUAAUGUCCGGACGAACAGUUCUUCGUAAUGAUGUAUGGGACAACGAGGAAAAUUUGUACAAAUCUGGAAUUAAAAUUAAUCCUGCUAAAGCCUGGGCAAACCUAGCUAAUGUAUGGAAUCAACAAGGAAAACUUUCUUCAGCAGAAUAUGCCUACAAGAAAGCCCUGACGUACAGAGGCAACAUGGCAGACACUCAUUAUAACCUGGGAAUACUUUAUCAAGAUACAAAGAGAUAUGAUGAGGCUAUUGAAAGUUAUUCAAGAGCUAUUUCUUAUAGACCUAAGCUUUCUAUGGCUCAUUUAAAUCUCGGAAUCCUGUAUGCAAACAAAGGGAAAUAUGAAGAGGCAGAAAAGGUAUAUAAACACUGUGCUGAUUUAGAUACAUCAGGGUUAAAAGACCCUCGUCUCCAUGCCAACACCAAGAUCUCAGCUCUUUACAACCUUGGUCGUAUGUAUGCUGAAAUUAACAGAUACCAAGAAGCCAUUGAUACUUACAAAGAAGCUCUAAAGAGGAGACCUAGUCAUUAUGCUCCACAAAGUAUUUAUAAUAUGAUGGGUGAAGUUUACACAAAAUUAGGAAAAUUAUCAGAAGCAGAACAUUGGUAUAGAGAAGCAUUGAAAUCCAAGCCAGAUCACAUACCUGCUCAUCUUACUAUGGCUAAACUCUAUCAUAAACAGAAUAAAAAUACAGAUGCAGAAGAAUGGUUUAAAAAAGCUAAAGAUGUUAGUCCAGAUGACCCCUCAGUUGACCAUCAUUAUGCACAUUUUCUGAGUGAGACCGGAAGACUAAAUGAAGCAGCUCAGCUCUAUGAACAAGCCAUCAUCAAAUCUCCACAAGAUUUUGAACUAGUCUUCAAUGCUGCUAAUACAUUAAGACAAGUUGGAAAUAAUGAAAGAUCAGAACAACUGUAUAAGAGAGCAACUUCUAUCAAACCUAAUAGUGCUACAGCUCAUAUGAACCUUGGUGCCAUGUAUCAUAUCAACAAUAAACACAAAGAGGCUGAAGACAGUUAUCUACAAGCCUUAGAACUUAAACCUGAUGAUGUCACAACACAACAAAAUCUCGUCAAACUACGAAAUUUGAUGUCAAAAUCAUAAGACUAAAGUAGACAUCCACUGUUUGUUAUCUACAAACCUUAGAACUUAAACCUGAUGAUGUCACAACACAACAAAAUCUCGUCAAACUACGAAAUUUGAUCUCGAAAUCAUAAAACUAAAGUAGAUACAGCUGUUUGUCUCUAAGGUGUAAAGUCACAUAGAAUAAU